CCCUGUAGGGUUCCAAAGAUAGGGGUCAGUUAUGUGUGCUCGGGCACACAUGCAUACACACAUAUCGCGUCCGUUCCCCCAUCGUAUGUACAUGAAAGCAAACACCUGUUCGCGGUGCGAUUCAGGUGGACGUUUCUGUUGGUCGUCGCGGUCCCCCCUUUCUGACACAAUAGGGAGCCAGCCGACUUCCCGAGUGCCGCUCCGGCCGCUUUGCUCGACGGCUCCGUUUUGUAGUAAAAGAGUUCCACAGCCCUACAGCGCGUCGUAGUCGUAGCCGAGUUUGAUACGAGAUAGAUCCAGGUCGAUCGUAGUGUGAAGGCGCACGGAGUGUGAAAAGCGUGUGACGUUAAACGAAAAUCAGUGCGGAAAGACAAAACUGCGAAAUGCAUAAAUAAGAGGAGACGAUUUUGGAAGUCUGUAGAAAAUCAAAAAUCUACAACCGCGUAAAAAAGUAAGGGACAUUCAAUUAAUUCAACAAAAAAUGUGAAGAUACCAAGAAGUAGGGUUUAAUUUAAGUAAAAUUUUCGGGAUUUUUUUUUUAAAACAUAGACAAAACUGUCGAUUUUUUAAUUGAAAAAUCAAGUUGAAGAAGAGGAUGAGUCGAUGUAUUUGUGAUAUAAAAUUUGAAAAAUGAAUGCUUACGUUGGUUAUGUAGUUAAAGAAACGUGAGUUGGAAGAGUGUCUGGUCGUGCCGAUCGAUAAAGACUAUUGAGGGUGCAAUUCGCAUACCCUUUGUGCUUUUCGUUCCAAGGGGCGUUUGACUAUAAUCAAAUGCAUGCUGGAGAAAAGAUUAACUAUCCAUGGGAUUUACGUUACUAAUGAAGAACUAGAGAUAUCGAGAGAUCUUUUAUCUUCUCAAACAACCAAGUCGUAGAUAUAUGGACGACGUGCUUCUUCCGAGUGAAUUUUGUGAUGAACGGAUCGACGAAAUCGAUGGACGAUGAUCUUGAAUUGCCAUGGGACGAAACGUAUUAAAGAUCUUGCUACUCCUCUGCUGCAUGCUGCAACCGCAUGUCGGACAAUUAAUUAAAGACAAGCGAUGCUUCCUGGAGAACGGAGCCACCGCGGCGCAUCUUUUUGUCAGCGAGGACCUGCCUGUCCGCGGCAUCGUGGGAGUCCUCGGAGUAGUGGGUGAUCCUGGCUUACAGGGUGACAUCGAACUGAGCUUGCAAGAGCCCGACAGUCCCGUCACAUUCUCGAAGAACUCGAAGAACUUGACUCUCGAUAGACCACUCGAUAAGGAGGGCGUCGAGGGACCAGCAAGUGUCUACAUCAACGUUAUCUGCGAGAAAAAGCACACCUCAGAUCCGGGAUAUAUCAUACCAGUGAACAUUCGGGUGACCGACGCAAAUGAUAAUUCACCGCAAUUUGUAAAUGCACCUUACGUAUUGAAUAUUUCUGAGGUUACCGUCGUCGGAACGAGAGUCCUACAAGGAGUCCGAGCUGUCGAUGCUGAUCAACCAGGACCAUAUUCUACUGUGCAAUACGCGGUUUUACCAGGAAUUUAUUCAGACUAUUUUGUUUUCGUAAACGCUUUGGAAGGCACUCUCGUAUUAAGGAAAUCGCUAGAUUACGAGGCUCUCACCAACUUUUCCGUUAGCAUCCGCGCUCAAGACCAAGGUAAUCCGCCACGUUCAUCGACGACGACGUUAUAUGUUAAUGUUAUCGAUGCUGACGAUCAGAAUCCAGCUUUUUUGAAUGAUCAAUACAAGGUCACUGUACCCCGUCACAUCAAGGGGAGAAGAACAUUAAAAGUGACUCCUGCCGCGAUAAAAGCCGUGGAUCAAGAUAUUGGAAUAAAUGCGCCAGUACGAUAUACCAUUCGAAGUGGAAUCUUACCCUUUCUGGAUUUAAAUCCCGAAACUGCAGAAAUCGUCAUGAUACGAUCAUUACAGGAUAACGAGCUAAUGACAUCGGCGACUAUUGUCAUUAAGGCUACUCAAGUAAAUAAUCCAGAUAGAUAUGCUCUUGCCACAGUCAUCGUGUCGCGAGAAGAUGGUUAUGGAGUUGGACCAACAGCAGGUGGUCGAUUACCCGUGAAAUUCGUGCUGAAGGAUCAUCAAACGAACGUACCAGAGGAUACGCCGCCUGGGAGCGUACUUCUAACGACAGGAGUCAAUAAAGCCGAUCCUGAUUUAAGAUUUUGGCUGGUGGGCGCGACCGAGGAUCUGGAGAGAUUCUCGAUCACUAAUUCUGGCGAGUUGAUCCUCAAAGGUAAUUUGGAUUACGAGCGACGGGUCCAGCAUAAUUUCCUGGCUCACGUCACAGAUGGAUAUCAUAAUGAUACGUCACGAGUAAACAUUUCGGUCGAAGACGUGAAUGAAUGGGAACCUCGAUUUCGAUAUACCCGCUAUGAAUUUCACGCUCCUUCUGCGAGAGAUGGUUCUGUCGUUGGAAGAUUAGAAGCAGCUGACGGCGAUAGGGGCGAUAAAGUUAGCUUAUCUCUCAGAGGACAAGAUGCGAGAUCUUUCGAGAUUAAAGAUAACGGAGAAUUGGUGCUACGAUCGCCAAGUUCAUUUAACGGAUCUGUGGCUCGAUUUAUGGCAGUAGCUUCUGAUACCGGAAAACCAUCCAAAUACAGUAUGAUCCCGGUGAUCGUUCAUAUACCAAAUAGCGGCUCGUUGCCGAUCGCCGCAAGAGCUGCACCUGCUUGGCUCGGAAGCAGUGUAUUAUUAGUUGCAAUCUUCGGUGCAGUUUUAGGUCUUCUUGGAGUCGUCAUACUCAUCCUCAUCCUUUACAUUUACAAGCACAAAAGACCCAAAAGCGGUGGUUCAGUCAGUUCUGUAGGUACGGGAUAUCGUGAGAAAUCACCGGUUCCCUCGGCUCUGAGCCCGACACCGCAAGUGCUAGGUGCCAAUCUUCUUCAGGAUACUUUAGAAGGUCCACGAAAUCGACGUCACGAUAACGACAGCAACGAGAAUGAUACCAGUAGCCGUAACGAUAUCGAUAAUCCCGUCUUCGGAGAAAUCAAUGAAAGCUCAUACGGCGCUACGAUUAAAAGUAUAGCAUCAGCGAGACAAUUACCAUUAUAUGCCAGACAUAAAGUGGCACCCGCUCCGAAUCCGCCAACUUUAUCAGCUACUUCGAAUAUCCCCAAUAUUGGCGGAUUAGUGCAGAAUAUGAACGAUUUGAGUGCUAGGACCAAUUUAGAUGCUGGAUCUCAUGAUUCCUCAAAUUAUUCAGGAGAUCCUCCAGAUUCCUUGGUACCAGCGUGGCCUGCUAAUUCAGCACUGCCAAGAAUUAAAAAAUUGUCCUGGGACGAUGACGAUAGGACCGUGGACAGCGUUGAGGUUGCAGCGGAAACACGAACCGGAGACAAUCAAGCUGGCAACGAGAGGCUCAAUCUCACCGUGUAUUUUUAAUGAUCAUUUAUUAUGUAAAUGGGACGAUAUCGCCGACGGAUGACUGUCGUAAGUGCUGUUCAACCAAUCUAGUUAAAUAAAAUUUCGUUGAUGUCGAAAUUAUCUGUGACUGAACUUCGAUGAAUCGCAAUGCAAUGUGACCUUAUGUGUGUAUUCGGUCCACGGAACAUCUGUGUUAUCGUGUGUUAUCCUGCAUUAAUUCACAUCAUCCUGAACGGAUUAUAUUCGUUAUCUGCUCGACGCGACAUCGAUCUCUGAUUGCGAAAAAAAGUAAUGAUUAAAAAAUUGCUGGAAAUCAAAUGGAGAAAUCGUACAGAGAGCACAAAAAAUGAAAUGUUAAAUAUUAAAAUGAAAAGGAGAAGAAAGUAAGCCGAAAAAUGAGGGUAUAAAUCUGAUUGAGGCAAGUAAACAUUAUUAAUAUUUAAAAAA